AUGGGGUUACUCAGGCCAGGUCGGGCCAGGUCCCUCCUCCUUGCGAUGAUGGCCAUGAUUCUAGUGUGCACGGUCUAUCUCUACUGGUCACCCAUUAACGCAUCCUCCGCCGUCUCCGUUGUUCCGAGCACAGCCUUCGAAGUACCUAUAUCAGAGCGCCAGAAGGAUUUUUGGAAAGCCUUCCGUCCCAUACUAGAGCGUCAUGAUCCCAAUUGUCCAUCACCGCAGAAAUUGGAAGAUGCGGGUGCGGGCCAUUUCGACCCCACGACAGACAGCCCACGGCAGGAUAUCACAACAUUAGCGGAGGAAGAUCAGACGAAAAUGGGAGAGGCACAUGCUAGCUUCGUUGAAGAGAUAAGGGCGGCCGGAAAGGCCUUAGAGCCUGUCCACACACCUGGGAAGCGCGGUUUGGUCUCGACGGCUGGCUCGACGUACCUACCAGUUUUUGUCUCGUCAAUGCGGAUGCUCCGCCGGACUGGAUCCACAUUGCCAGUGGAAGUAUUCAUGAAGGAUUCAGGUGAAUACGAAAAGCGCAUAUGUAAUGAUGUGUUACCUGCCCUCAAUGCGAAAUGUUUGGUAUUGGGUGAUGUAUUAGGAAAAGAUACCAUCGAGCAUUAUCAGCUCAAGAUCUUUGCUGUACUCUUUUCCUCAUUUGAAGAGAUUGUUUGGAUGGAUGCGGACUGCUUUCCUCUAGGGAAGCCUGAAGAUCUGCUGGAUGCGGAACCAUUUACCUCGUCUGGCUUAGUGACAUGGCCUGAUUUCUGGAGGUCCUCGGCAUCGCCUUUGUACUACAAGAUAUCUCGCCAAGAGGCGCCCCCCAUGACAGCCCGCCAAUCAUCGGAGACGGGUGUCUUCUUGGUGGGUGGACCGGGAGAAGGUGACAAGGAGACCUUCCUACAAGCUGCCACAGCGAUGGGGGCACCUUUCUAUGCCGUGAGUGAGCGAGUACAAGCCAUCGGUCAUCAGUUGGGAGAAAAGCUGGCGGGCUCGGCCAUGGCCCAAUCCGACCCCCGAGAAGACUAUGCUCUCACCACGCAAGCUAAAUGGCGGACUAAAGAUCCCAAGGUGGCACCACCACCACAUGUCUUCUUCAUUCAUGCGAAUUACCCUAAAUUCAACCCUGGCGAUAAUGUCUUUGGCACAGCGUGGGAAACUACACCCACCUUGAAGGAAGAUGGCUCAGAUGGCCGCGCCUGGACAGCUCCCCCCGACACAAUCCGGCGGUUCGGGUAUGAUAUUGAGAAGACUUAUUGGGAAGAGAUCAAGUUGGUCACAUGCCGUUAUGAAUCUCUUUUUAAGUCGUGGGAACAUAAGGCCGGCCUUUGUCAGAGAGUGGAAGACUAUUGGGCUCAUGUCUUCGCUGAACCACAUGAUGAUGACCCAAAGUUCACCCUAGAUGGUUGA